AUGUUUGCUAAUACCUUGUUGCAAACAUCAUUGAACAAUGAGUACAUGCUCAAGAAUUUAGAAGUAGGUUUGAAUUGUCGAAGUUCGUUAACUUCCAUGAUUUACCAAAAACUGUUGAAGUUAUCAUCAGAACUGAAACUAAAUAUAUCUAGUGGUGAUAUCAUAAAUUUAAUGAGUGUUGAUGUUAACAGAAUUCAAAAUGUUUUAACAAAUCUAAGUACUUUAGUCUUGGCUCCUAUCGAUAUUGUUUUAUGUAUUGUUUCAUUAUGGCCAUUGCUAGGAAAGGCUACAUUUGCUGGGAUUUUUACCAUGAUUUUUCUUGUUCCCAUAAACUCAAUCAUUAUAAAGUAUCUGCGUCGAUUAAAUAAGACCCAAAUGAAACUUAAAGACAAUAGAUCAAGAAUAAUCAAUGAUAUCCUUUCUUCGAUCAAAAGUAUCAAGUUGUAUGCUUGGGAGAAACCCAUGCUUGAAAAGUUAUCCAAUGCUAGAAAUGACCUUGAAUUGAAGAAUUUACGAAAGAUCAGAUUGAUUAAUCAAGGUGCUUUAUUCAUUUGGAACAUAAUCCCGUUCUUGGUUUCGUUUACGUCAUUUGCGACAUUUGCAUUGAUUCUGAACAUUCCAUUAACUUCAGAUAUUGUGUUCCCAGCAUUGGCAUUGUUAAACUUGUUAUCGUCACCUUUAUUACAAUUACCUAUGGUUAUAACAUCCAUGAUUGAAGCAUCAGUUGCCAUUACCAGGGUUCGUGAUUUCCUUGUAAGUGAAGAAAUUGAUGAAUCAAUGAUUGUACGUAUUGCUAAGCCUGCCAUUGAUGAACCCGCUGUAAAAAUUACAAAUGCUAAUUUCCAUUGGACGAGAGAAAAGUACAGCGAUACUGUUGUUCAACCAAGCACGCUUCGUAAUAUCAAUUUUUCCGUAAAUAAAGGAGAAUUAUCAUGUAUUGUUGGUAAAGUGGGCAGUGGGAAGACAUCGCUCUUGCAUGCAUUGCUAGGCCAACUCAUAAUCACAAAAGGAAAAUUGGGCACAUCUCCAUCAGUUGAAAUUAGGGGGAGUGUGGCUUAUUGUUCUCAACAACCAUGGAUCAUGAAUGCAAGUGUACGUGAAAAUAUCUUGUUUGGGUGCAGGUAUGAUGAAAAUGUCUACCAAGAAACCAUAUCUGCAUGUCAAUUGAUCCCUGAUUUGGCUAUACUUCCUGAUGGUGAUGACACUCAAGUUGGUGAAAAGGGAGUAUCACUUUCUGGAGGCCAAAAGGCAAGAUUGGCAUUAGCAAGAGCAGUGUAUGCUCGUGCUGAUGUGUAUUUAUUUGACGAUGUACUUUCCGCAGUUGAUUCCCAUGUUGCAAAAAACAUAGUGGAUUUAGUAUUGAGUAAAAAUGGGUUAUUAGGUGGGAAAUGCAUUGUUUUAUGUACGAACAAUAUGAAUGUGUUGAAUUCAGCAGAUAUGGUUACAUUAAUGGAAAAGGGAGAGAUUACAGAACAAUCAACUGUGACAGAGAUUGAUGAAAUAUAUCAUCCGAAAUUGCACGAGUUGAUUAGAGAUUUCGGAAAACAAACAGUACCCGAUAAAAAUCUUGAGCUUGUUCCCAAAAUUCCUGUUGUUCGUCCGAGAAGUUUACGUCGUGCUAGUAUUGAAACCUUCCAUUGGGAUCCAUUGAACAAACUUUUACCUAAUUUGCGUACUGGGCAAACUAAUGAAGUCAGUCAACAAGGGAAAGUUUCAUGGUCGGUGUAUUUAGCAUAUAUCAAAGCAUGUUCUAUCCCAGGUGGUAUAUUCUGGUUUGUAUUGUUACUCCUUGCUUCGGCAUUAUCAGUUGCUGGUAAUUAUUGGUUAAAACAUUGGACAGAGCUGAAUUCGAAAACUGGAGGUAAUUCCGACGUGUGGAUGUUUAUUAUUGUUUAUGCUAUUUUUGGAUUGUCUGCUGCUAUAAUGACUGUGGCUCGUGGUUCUGUGAUGAUGCUUUGGUUGGGUAUGAAUGCGUCGAGAAAGAUCCAUGAUGGGAUGGCCGAACGAGUUGUUUAUUCACCUAUGGUUUUCUUUGAAAGAACUCCAAUUGGGAGAAUUAUGAAUAGAUUUACUAAUGAUAUCAACAAAAUUGAUGAUGGUAUUCCGCAAGUUUUUCAAGGAUUUAUUGCCCAAAGUGUCAGGACGAUAUUUACAUUGGGUGUAGUCAGCUAUGUCAUUCCGUUAUACAUUAUAAUUAUCAGUGUGCUUUCGAUUAUCUACAUUUAUUAUGAGAUUUAUUAUGUUAGCAUCUCACGAGAAUUGAAAAGGUUGGUGUCUGUGUCGCGAUCGCCAAUAUAUGGCCAUUUAGGUGAAAGUUUAAAUGGGAUCGAUACAAUUCGGGCAUAUCAGCAGGAUAAUCGAUUCGAGUUUAUUAACAAUGUUAAUAUUGAUUUUAACUUGAAAUCGGUAUAUAUGUUGAGGUCUAUUAAUCGUUGGUUGUUCUUUAGAUUGCAAUUCAUUGGUGCAAUUGGAGUAUUAUCAGCUUCAGGCUUGUGCAUUUAUAGUUUGACAACGAAGCAUCCCUUGACUUCAUCCAUGGCUGGGUUUGUUAUGACUUAUGCAUUACAAGUCACAAGUUCAUUGAAAUUAGUGGUUAGAACAUCAGCUGAAGUGGAAACAAGUAUUGUUGCUGUGGAGAGAUGUUUAGAAUAUAUGGAAUUGUCAAUUGAAGAUACUGAAUCUCCUGUUGUUCCGCCACCUGCUUGGCCCAUUGAUGGAAGUAUCAAGUUUAAUGAUUAUUCUACAAGGUACAGAGCCAAUUUGGAUCUUAUUCUUAAGCAUAUAACUAUGACAGUUAAACCAGGAGAGAAGAUUGGGAUUGUUGGUAGAACUGGGGCCGGUAAGUCAUCGCUUGCAUUGGCAAUAUUCAGAAUAAUUGAGCCGGUUGAAGGAAACAUUGAAAUUGAUUCAUUAAACACUAGUCAUAUUCCUUUAUAUGAUCUUAGACAUAGGUUGAGUAUUAUACCCCAAGAUUGUCAGUUAAUUGAAGGUACUAUUCGUCUGAAUCUUGAUCCGUUUAAUUAUUAUACUGACGAAGAAGUAUGGCAGGCGCUUGAAUUGGCCCAUUUGAAAGAACAUAUCUUGAGUUUGAAGGAUGAAGAAGAUAAAUUGUCAUGUAAAGUGUAUGAAAAUGGGGCUAAUUUUUCAUCUGGGCAGCGUCAAUUGAUGUCAUUGGCAAGAGUAUUACUUAAAAUGAACGAUCUGAAGAUAUUGGUGCUUGAUGAAGCCACCGCUGCAGUUGAUGUACAAACGGACAAGAUUAUUCAAGAGACGAUAAGAGAACAAUUUAAGAGCAAAACGAUAGUUACUAUCGCACAUAGAUUAGAAACGGUUAUGGAUAGUGAUAAAAUUGUCUGCUUGGACCAAGGAGAGUUACGUGAAUUCGAUAGUCCAAAGAAUUUACUUGAAAAGCAAGGUAUCUUUUAUCAUUUGUGUAAAGAAGGUGGUUAUGUAUAGGAUAUUUAUACUUUUAUAGAAAUAAAAAGACGUUAGCAAAA